AUGGAUGAGCUUAGUGGUCAUGUCCUCGAGGCGAUGGAUGAGGAGCUCCAGGCUAUCAAGUCGGCUUUUUUCCAAGCGACCGGCCGAGAGUCCUGCUUGAAGAUCUUGCGAUUGAGGGACAGACUCUUGGUACAGUAUGGAGACCAAAUUAAAGAUAAGAGUACUCUGGCUAAGAUGGUUGGGACUAAUCAGGCUUACUCGAUGGCCCGUACUCCGGUGAUUGAGACGGCAGAUGGAGUAGCACCGAACCCCAAGCAUCGGGUGGUUGUGGACGACAUCGGUUGGGGCCUCUGUGUCCUAGUCUCCGUUGCUGAACGUCUAGGAGUAGCAACAACUGUGAUGAAGAUGAUGAUAGAAUGGCAUCAACGGAUCAUGGGCAAGGAAUUUCUCGUGAAUAAUCGGCUAUCUGGCCAAGACUGCGCUGAACUUGUACGUGACUCGAUGCCAUGCCUAUCUCUGGCCUCGACAGUGUAG